GACAUUAUUAUUUAUUUAGAUUUAUUGCCUAGAUAAAUAUUUAGUUUCUGUGAUUGGAAAUUCAUUUGGAACGUUGAGGCAUGUUCAAAUGAUUUCGUGAAUAAAGAAAACGAUUUUAAAACUAUCGCUAUUGCAAACUUUUUAUGACUUGUAUUAUUAUAAUAAAAGCUCUAUGGUUUCACUAUUAUUAAAAUGCUACGGAAAGGAAUUUUUACUUAUACAAAUGAUAGAUUACAAAUCAAAUUUAAAAAAGCCAUUCAAGGCCAUGCACUAUUCUACAUCGACAUUAUUUUUCACUAUCCUCCAAGUCGUAAAAAAUGUGGAAAUCAAAGAUAAUUCAAAAUGUGGUGGAAAUUUACAAAAACUCGUUGGAACGUUUCACACUCCAAAUUAUCCUAAAAUGUAUCCAAACAAACUAAACUGCGUUUGGAAUAUUACAGUUCCUAAUGGUUAUCGAUUACAAUUAAAUUUUACAGAAUUUGAACUUGAAUGGACUGAUCACUGUUCAUACGACUAUGUUGAGGUUAAAGCAACUAAUGGGACAAUAGGAAAAUAUUGUGGAAAAAGAACAGAAAAACCUCUAGCUUAUGUUACUGCACCCUCAAAAGAACCAAUAUACUCAGUAGAUAAUUCACUUGAAGUAUUGUUAUACACAGAUUUCUCUAAUGAGAUUGAGGUUUUUGGAUUUAUAGCUCAUUUUGCAGCAUUGGAUAUAAAUGAGUGUCUUUUAAAUAAUGGAGAUUGCUCUCAACAUUGCCACAACUAUAUUGGUGGAUACUAUUGCUCAUGUAGAGUGGGUUAUUUUCUUCAUGAUAAUAAUCAUGACUGCAUAGUAUCAUGUCAAAAUGUCAUCCAAAAUAAAAUGGAAGGUAUAAUAACAAGUCCAGAAUAUCCUUAUCCAUACCCACCAUUUGCAAGAUGUGAAUACCACAUAACUGCUGAGAAAGGAUACUUUAUAAAUCUAAGGUUUUUGGAUUUCAAAAUUGAAGAUCACCAUGAAUCCUUAUGUCCAUAUGAUUAUUUACUCAUUGAAGAUGAAAAAGAAAAGAAAGGACCUUACUGUGGAAAAACAAAACCAGAUAACUUCAUUUCAUUCUCUAACUGGUUAAUUGUGGAGUUUAGAAGUGAUAAGUCACUUGCAUUGACAGGUUUCAAAGCAGAGUUUAAGCUCCAAGCAAUUAAAUGUCCAACACUUACUCCUGUUGCAAAUGGUUUCAUGAGUGGUCAUUCAAAUUUUUCUCUAAAAGAAACAGUAACUUUUUCAUGUCGUGAAGGGUACAUUUAUACUGGUUCAGAAACGCGCACUUGCUUGCCAGAUGGCAGUUGGUCCGGUUAUCUUGGAAACUGCACGCGCAUAACAUGCAAUGACCCAGAAAUAAUUCCAGAUGAGGGAUAUAUUACAGAUCCUUCUGGAAUUACUCCAUAUUAUUAUGGUCACAAAUUGAAUGUUCAUUGUGAUACAUUUCAUGAUUUAUUUGGUUCAAAAACAAUCACUUGUGUUGGGAAUAAUACCUGGGCUGGACUGGGUUCUUAUUGUGUCAAAACUUGCGGAAAAUCUGUCCAAAGAAACUUUGAACUAGAAACUUGUAAAGGGGGGGGUUCAUAGGGUAGCCAGUAUACAGUACACUCAUCCUUGGCUUGUUGCUAUUAAAGAAGGGGACAAACUUAAAUGUUCAGGAAUUCUGAUUAGCAAGGAGUGGAUAUUGACAGCUUCUCAUUGUGUUGCAUAUGCACCAGAAAGAAAUGGAGAUCCUGGUAAUCUUAUUGUGUUGUUAGGUGUGACAGAUUGGAAUUUGUUAGGAAAAUCAUCUCAAAUUCGCACAGUAAAAGAAAUUCGAGUCAGCCAAAAGUUUGAUUACGGCAUCCAUAGUGAUGUUGCAUUGGUGCGGUUAUCUUCUGAAGUGGUUAUGUCUGGGGAUAUUCAACCAAUAUGUUUGCCA